UCAGCACCCCAAAUGAAGAGGGAGGCCGUCAGAGGCAUUUGUUCCCUUCCACUUUUUUUGUUGAAACAUUUUCCUGCAAUCUGUGCGUAAGUGGGUGUGUCAAAUGUAGUGUAGGAUAGUGCUUGGGUAGCCUACGCACUCUGAAAAUAGGAAAAGUUCAUCAUGAGUUUAGUCUGAAAUCUACCGCGGACUACCAGGAUGGCUGUCUGGACACGAGCGGACAAAAAUGGUCAAUUAGAUCUUUUGCUCCGGGACCGCUGGAUUCGGGUAGCGGCCGAAUUGACCCGCGAGACUUUCACAUUAACGGCCGAAACAGAGAUAAGCGGACACGGGAACAACUUGGAUUACACCAAUUCAGCUGGCCUGCGGAAUGGAACGUCUAACGGAAACGACCCGGGUUUAGCGUCGGGAAAUUCGAACCGUGGUCAAACAUCAAACCCAGAACUACAUCCGAACCAUGGUGCGCUAGGACGAAGCGGUAGCCCAGCGCGCGGGGGCAUCAACCGGGGUCACUACGACGGUUUUAAUAGCCCCAGCCCUGGCAAGUAUAAUCGUGAUAACGGUACGAACUCUGAUUUUGGCAGCCCGGGGUCCAGUUACGGUAGUCCUGGAUCUAGCUUCAGUUCCAGGCAUGGCGAAACUUCCAUCAAUUUAGAAUCCGGCGCAUCAGAAGCUGUGCGUAAAGUUAGAGUUGUAAAACAAGAGUCUGGCGGGUUGGGGAUCAGUAUCAAGGGGGGUCGGGAAAACCGAAUGCCCAUCCUCAUAUCCAAGAUCUUCCCCGGACUUGCAGCUGAUCAGAGUCGGGCUCUUCGGGUCGGCGACGCGAUCCUGUCAGUCAAUGGAAAUGACCUCAGGGAGGCUACGCACGAUCUAGCGGUGCAGGCUCUAAAAAAGGCCGGGAAAGAGGUUACGCUUGAGGUUAAAUAUAUCAGAGAGGUUUCCCCACUGUUUAAGAAGCCCUCCUUGGUGGCAGACCUGCCGUGGGAUGGGGUGCGUCCUCAGUCCCCCAACUUCAGUGGCAGUGAGGACUCUGGGUCCCCCAAACACAGUGGGGCCAAGGACAGGAAGGUCAUCCUCCUCAAAAUGUGCUUUAUCAGCAGAAACUUGACCAUGCCUGACCUGGAGAACAGGCUCUUGGAGCUGCACUCCCCUGAUGGCCAGCACACGGUAGUGAUGCGCUGUAAGGAUGGCCCCAGCGCCCACUCCUGGUUCACAGCCAUCCACACCAACAUUGCUGCCCUGCUGCCCCAGACUCUGGCCCACAUCAACUCCUAUCUGGGCUCCAGCACCACUGGGUCACACCCCCAACUCAAACACAUCAGCUGGCUGGCAGAACAGGUCCAGCUGGAUGGUGGGCGGCACCAGUUCCGACCAAUCGUCAUGGCACUGACAGAGAAAGAUAUCCUGCUGUUUGAAUCAGUGCCAUGGAACCGCGAAGCCUGGUCCACACCCAUGCUCACACACCCACUACUUGCCACAAGACUGGUGCACUCUGGCAGUGCCCGCAGUUCCCCGGCACAGGGGGCAGACCUGGUGUUUGCCACUCGGACGGGUACAGGGCGGGGCAUCGAGUCCCAUGUGUUCCGGGUGGAGACACACUGGGACCUGUCCUCGUGGACCCGGGCCCUUGUGCAGGGGGCGCAUGCUGCCGCAGAACUCAUUAAGGAGGUCUCCAUUGGUUGCAUGCUGAACAGGCAGGACGUUCGCCUCAUACUGCACUAUGAGAAGGGCUUCACUGUGACCCGGGAGCCAGGAGAGACUGCAGGGGGUGCUGUGCUCUUCAGAUACCCCUUCGAGAAGCUCAAGAUGUCUGCAGAUGACGGGAUCCGCAACCUCUAUCUGGACUUUGGGGGUCCAGAGGGUGAAAUGGUGUUUGACCUGCACUCUGGCCCCAAGCCCAUGGUGUUUGUUCUUCAUUCCUUCCUGUCUGCCAAACUGACUCGUCUGGGCCUGCUGACGUGAAAUGGGAAGAGGCUGAAAUCGGGAACAUAUCCAGAAAUAUUCUUAUUUUUACUAUGUAUCAUUCAACACAGCCUUCCAAUGUAAUUUUGGCAAUUUUUUAUGUAUGUACUCUGUUCUUGUCAGGCAAAUGAGUGAUUUUGUGAUGAACAGAGUACGAGUUUGUUCAUAUGAGCAUGUGUCAAUUGGGUUUCCAAGUUGAUAACUGCGUGUGAGUGGCCUAGAGCAUACUGCCAGAAUGAAUGGGUUUAUACUUUUGCAUUUCUGUUGGCUUUAUAGAGUGCCUGUUACCCAAAAACUGAUUAUCUAGCAUAUUAUCCAAAAUGACUGUUAUAAUCAGUAUUGCCAACUGUGCCUUGUUACAUGUAGUCAUAAAUGCUAUUUUUAGUGUGUGUAAAAGUAUUUUUUAUUUUCAAAAGGUAAUAGGUUUUAAAGCAAAGUAAGCUUUCAACAACAUGCACAGCAAUAGUAUUAUUCUUAUAUUGUUAACAUGCUAUUUCCGUACUGUUUUUCAGUUAAUUAUUUUGUAUGUAUAUCCUGACUUGACUAUGAAAAUGUGAUGCUGUUUUUGAGCAUUUGCAAAACCAUGGCGUAACGCCAGUGACCCCUGUCACCUGCCUCAAAGUCAACCUGCCCUCCAGUAGGCUAGUCACACUGCCAAACCAUUGUCCUAUGCUGCCUGAGAACACCACUUCCCUUUAUCAUUCCCUUCUGCAUUAGCCCUAAGCCAAUGCUUUCUAUUAAAGCUCAUGAGGUCAUA